AUGGGCCUCCCUUCACCAGCAGCAGUGCCCGGAACUACGCCGGCCUCUGUACAGAGACCUUUCUUUAAUCUUUCUACAGAUUCUUCUACCUCUUUAAUUGGAGAUGAUUUGAAUACUAGUUUAUUUAGUCGUUCCGGCUGGCCGCAGCAGCCGUCUCGCAGCGGAACAGGAGCAGCUGCAUUGCAUUCAGCAUUUUAUGAUGAAAGUGCUCCUAAGCGUAAUGUGUUAAAAAGUAAGAAGCACAGUACUUCUUUCUUACGCUCUAUAUCUUUCUUAUCUAUUAUAGCCCUCGUCUCUUCUCUAACAAUCAUAUUCCUUAUCUCCCGCUGCAGAGAGGUACAUCAGCUGCAUACUGGUCGUCGGCUUGCUGCUCGAAAUCCUAAAGAAAAGCCGCACACUUCUUCAUCUGCUGCUGGUGCUUCGUCUUCUUCUGGAGCUUCCUUUGAGUUAUGCGAUGAUGGAUCAACUGAUGCAUCUUCUGCUGCAUCUUCCUCACAGGGGCAAUCCACAGAGCCCUUUGAAGAUGAAGGACAGACUUCACCUCCUGCUGCUGCUGCUGCUGCUGCUGCUGCUGCUGGGCAGAGUGCACACGAUAGCUCAGGUGCAUAUGGGUCCCAAAGGAGGGGAAGAGGAAGGGGUUCUCGGGUGGGGGGCCCCCAGAGAGAUGAUACACAGUUAACAGGAAGGAGAGGAGGGAGGCCUGGACGCAGCAGCGGCGGCAACGGUAGGGGCGAUCGCAGCAGCAGCAGCAGGGGUGAUCGCAGCAGCACCUCUACUGCAGACAGCAGAAACAGCAGAACCAGCAGCAGCGGCGAACCAGAAGCUAAGAGACCGAGAGGUGGCCGUCCAACAACGCGCAGAGACACCGUAAGGGAGCGGCUCCUGCAGCAGCAGCAGCAGCGGCAGCAGCAGCAGCAGCAGCAGCAGCUCCAGCGACAGCAGCAGCAGCAGCAGCAGCAGUUACUGUAUCAACAGGAAGAGUGGACAGGUGGAAGAAGAUGGACCCACUACUCGUCCACUUGGUCGACGGAUCCCUUUAGGGGUCCGCCUGCUGCUCCACCUGCUGCUGUGCGCCCCCCUCCAGCUGAUUCUGCGCGUUUUGGUGCACCUGGUGCUGCACCUGCUGCUUCUAGACCUGCUGCUGCACCUGCUGCUGCGGAAGGGUCUGGGCGUCCUGUGCGGCUGCCUGCUCGUUUGCAGCAUAAGCAGGAAUCUAGAGCAGUAUCAUCGGCUGCUAGCGCGCUGCUGUUUCUGCAUAUAACGCAGCCAGACGAUCAGCACCAGCAGCAGCAGCAGCAGCAGCAAGAAGCGAAUGGAGGAACACCAACGAAGCAGAACGGCCAAACGCCGGCAGCCAAUGGGGCUUCGUCCCCAGCGAAGCAGCAGAGUGACGAGCAACAACAGCAGCAGCAACAACAGCAGCAGCAACAACAGCAGCAGCAACAACAGCAGCAGCAACAGCAGCAGCAGCAACAGCAGCAGCAGCAGCAACAACAGCAGCAACAACAGCAGCAGCAAGAAAUACAACAGCAGCAACAGCAGCAGCAGCAAGAACAAGCAAACGAACAGCAACAACAGCAAGAAGAACUCCAGCAACAGCAGCAACAGCAGCAACAAGAACGACAAGAUCUACAGCACCAACAGCAGCAGCAGCAACUGCAGCCUCCACCUUAUUGGCAGCAGCCGCAGCUAAUGCAGCCUCCUUAUUGGCAGCAGCAACCCGUGCAGCAACCGCAGGUGUUGCUGCAGUUUCCGCAUUCGCAACAACCGCCUCAGCCAUCACCAAAUGCGCAGCAACAGCCCUUCCUGCUGCUGCAGCAGCCGCAAUCGCAGCCGCAGCUCCCCUUGCUGCUGAUGCCACCGCAUCAAGAGUCUCAGCAGCAGCUGCAAGUGCAGCAUCCAUCGCUGCUGCAGACUUUCGGGCAACAACAGAUAUUUCUGCAGCAGCAGCAACAAACACAACAGUCAGUAGUUGUAGUAGUAAAGGAGCAACAGCAGCAGACGCAGCCACAGCAGCAGACGCAGCAACAGCAGCAGCCGCAGCUGCAGCCACAGCAGCCGCAGCCGCAGCCACAGCA